AUGUCCUACAGCUGCUGCUCUGGAAAAUUCUCCUCCCGCUCCUUUAGACGCUGCCUGCCCUCUUCAGGUUCCUCCUGUGGCUCUUCCUACCCCAGCAACCUGGUCUACACCACUACCAGUUGCUCUCCCAGACCCUGCCAGGUGGAAUCCACUGUGAACACCAGGUGUCAGGAGACCUGCAUUGAGCCCACCAGCUGCCAGAGGUCCUGUGUGGUGUCCAGGCCCUGCCAGACAGCCUGCUACUACCCGAGGAGCUCCAUACCUUGCAGUCCCUACCUGGGAACAUAUUCUGGGUCUCUGGGCUUUGGAUCCAGCAGCUGCCGUUCCCUGGGCUAUGGAUCUAGAAGCUACUACCCAGUGGGCUGUGGAUCCAGUGACUUCAGAUCUCUUAAUUGUGGUGCCUCUUACUUCCCUUCCCCGUGUUAUGGGUCUAGAUUCUACUACCCAUCAUAUUUGGUUUCUACAACAUUCCAACCUUCUUGUUAUAGAUCAAUCUAUGGAAUUGCCUUCUAA